AUACCACAAAAAUAACAGAGUUUUAAAAUGUAUUACUUCCAUUUUCAUUGUUUAUUUGAAAAUACUGAGGAUUUGUAGUGAGUGCAUUACAUCUUUGAUAUACAAUCUUUGGAUAAAGCUGUAUAAAAUAAUGUUCAAUUUUUAUUCAUCUAAUUAGUUUGUUUGAUUUUUCUAACCAUUCAGUAUAUAGGGAUAUGCAGGCUGAGAGUUUUGAAUAGUAUUUACCUGUAUGAACCACUUGUAAAAUUUUGAUAAUUUUUUAAUAUCAGCACUAAUGUGAUUUGUAACAAACGUCUAUGAUUUGCUUAGAAAUCAUGCUUUGUGUAAAGGGAGGUAUAUUAUUAUCUAUAUUUAGUUUAUUACCAGAAUUAAUAAGUGCAAACAGGCCUCAAGGGGCUCAUCCAGGACAUGCAUACUUUGAACAACCGUGCUGUGGACGCACUCACCUUAGGCAUCACAAAGAUCAUAUCCGAGAAUUCAACUGUGGAUUGCUAUACUAUAGAACACUCUAUUUAGAUAGCCAACGAGAUUCCUUAUAUGUUGGAGCAAUGGAUCGUGUGUUCAAACUGAAUUUGAGUAAUAUUAGUCACUCAAAUUGUGAGAGGGAUAGUCUUCAUCUUGAACCGAGUAAUGUUGGAAACUGUGUAUCGAAAGGAAAAUCUGAGUAUUUUGAUUGCAGAAAUCAUAUAAGAGUUAUACAACCGAUGGAAGAUGGUAGACGGUUAUAUUUAUGUGGAACCAAUGCUCAUUCUCCAAAGGACUGGGUUAUUCAUAGCAAUCUUACACACUUAUCGCGACAAGAAUAUGUGCCAGGUGUAGGCAUGGGUAUAGCAAAGUGCCCUUACGAUCCUGCAGAUAAUUCAACAGCAGUUUGGGUAGAAAAAGGCAAUCCAGGGGAUCUACCAGCACUUUAUUCUGGCACUAAUGCGGAGUUUACUAAAGCUGAUGCCGUCAUUUUUCGUACAGAUCUCCUCAACUUUACCACUAGUCGAAAAGUAUAUAGUUUCAAAAGGACGUUAAAAUAUGACUCUAAGUGGCUAGACAGUCCAAGACAGCGCACAAAUGCAUCCAAAAAUAAACCAGUAGUCAGUGGGUGCUUGGGUACCCUAGUAGGAAGUUUUACUUCUCUGGCAGAUAAUAGGGGUAAAUGGCCCAACUACUAUGGUACGACGGCUGAUAAUAUUUCUAACGUCACGCUUUUACCUGUCAAAUAA